AAACCAAACCAUUAGUUCCCGGAACCUUGACACUAACACAAACUCUAAUCAAACAGAGGGAUUUUGAGAAAAGUGAACAAAGCGAAACCGCGGAAGAAGAGAUUCCUCACGCAGCGUUGGUUUUCUUCCCUUCUCUUGUGUUGCGCGUUCACAUCACUUCCCUCUCUGCAAGCCAAGAAUAUAUGCUCUUACAUUCGUUCCUCUCUUUCUUUUUCUUCCGUUUUUUUUUUCUCUUUCGCUCCGCUCCGAGAUCUACACAACGUUCUAGGACAAGCUGUGGUAUUCGCUAUAACUAAGAUGAGAAUUGGAAUGGAUGCAGUAUUGGGCAAAUGCAACUGCUUGUGAAAAUUGGGUAGCUAAUUUGUGGAGUGACACACCCCUGGAACUUGGAAAGCUGUGCUAGUAAUGGAUCUUGAUGGGGGGAGUUCGUCAACAGUUAGCACAGGAGUGCAGGAAAUUCCAGGACGUUCAACACAACGUGGUGCAUUCUAUCAGUUUACACAGCAGAACCUUCCAGCAUGUAAACCUGUGCUUACACCUGCAGCAAUCAUCGCUACAUUUCUAUUGAUGAGUUUCAUUUUCAUUCCUAUUGGACUUGUUACACUUCGUGCCUCAAACAGUGUUGUUGAAAUUGUUGAUAGGUAUGACAUGGAUUGUGUACCUGAAGAAUAUAGAAAUAACAAGGUCGCAUAUAUUAAAGAUGACUUAAUCACCAAAAACUGUUCACGAUUCUUAAAGGUACUUAAGCCAAUGAAAGCACCAAUUUAUAUCUAUUACCAGCUUGAUAACUAUUACCAAAACCACCGACGGUAUGUCAAAAGUAGAAGUGACCUGCAGCUCUUACAUGGACUUGGAUACAAUGACACCAGUUCUUGUAAACCUUUAGAGUCCUCCCAUAAUCUUCCAGUUGUACCUUGUGGGUUGAUAGCGUGGAGUUUGUUCAAUGAUACAUAUAAAUUCAGUCGUGGGCCAUCAGAGUUGAAGGUCAAUAGGAAGAAUAUUGCUUGGAAAAGUGAUCGUGAUCAUAAAUUUGGAAAACAUGUUUACCCAUUUAAUUUUCAAAAUGGGACUUUGAUUGGAGGUGGAAAGCUGGAUCCAAGUAUUCCUCUUGGUGAUCAAGAAGAUCUCAUUGUUUGGAUGAGGACUGCUGCUCUCCCCAGCUUCAGAAAGUUAUAUGGUAGAAUUGAAGAGGACUUGGAUGUAGAUGAUGUUAUAGUAGUCCACCUGCAAAAUAACUAUAACACUUACAGUUUUGGUGGAAAGAAGAAGCUUGUUCUGUCAACAUCAAGCUGGUUGGGUGGAAAAAAUGACUUCCUUGGAGUUGCAAAUUUAUUUGUUGGCGCCUUUUGCAUAUUCAUCUCCAUCGUCUUCCUGUUGCUUCAUAUGAAAAAUCCUAGGACAGACCUUAUGGGGACAUGGCCUACCUAUCUUGGAAUAGGAAAAACAUUGCUAGCUGAUAAAGGACAUGGUAUGGUACACUGGUGGUUGUACUUUUCUUAAUGCGAUGCACAAGAUACAUACACUUGCUAUUAAAAACUUCUGUAUUUAAUUGUAAAUGAUGAGGCAGAGCAAGCAUCUUCUUUUGGUUUAACUAUUAUGGAAAUGAGCCUUUAGGAAUGGGAUAGUUGAGAGCUUGGGUAUUUGCAUGAGGUCAUGAAUCAAACCUCAGCAUUGCCAUUGUACACAAAAGACAAUAUAUUGAAAUAGAAACCGUAUAUGGUCUUUUGUAUUUUGCAGCAUAUUUUUACAGAACAGGACCUACCACUCUUACGUGGCAGUAUUCUAAACUAGAUAGGAUCUUAUAAAAGGAUUGUUUAGCUUCUCAGAGCAUUUUACCAAUGGCAGAAACGGAAAGCUGGUAUGUUUUCUUUA